UAUGUGCUUACCAGGUACCUUUAAUUGCUUCUCAGGGCCUCAGGCUCAUUAUUUUCUCUGCAGAUUUGCUGCAGAAGAAGAAGAAGAGAAACAGGAUCCGAUAUCUUGGCUUAUAGUAAUCCAUUAGUCCAUUAAAAAUUUCAUAAAAGAUGGGGUUUUGGUCAUUGUUGGAGGUGGCUUCUAUGCCAGUGAUUCAAGUCCUCAUCAUAAGUCUUGUUGGAGCUUACUUGGCCUCUGAUCGAUGCAAGCUCUUUCCUGUUGAAGCCCGCAAUUCCAUGAACAAGGUGGUGUUUGUAAUAUUUGCACCGGCUCUCAUGUUUGCAAAUCUAGCCCAGACGGUCACACUUCAAGACAUGAUCUCAUGGUGGUUUAUGCCGGUGAAUAUGGGACUUACAUUCUUAAUCGGAGGACUUCUUGGUUGGAUGGUUGUCAAGAUUCUGAAACCACCUCCUUAUCUUGAAGGUCUUAUUGUUGCAACUUGUUCUUCAGGAAAUAUGGGGAACCUACCAAUCAUACUUGUCCCAGCAAUCUGCGACGAGGACAAGAGUCCGUUUGGUAACCGUAGUGUAUGCAGAACCGUUGGUCUCUCUUACGCGUCUUUCUCCAUGGCGCUAGGGGGGUUUUACAUAUGGACUUACACAUUCCGGCUUAUAAAAGGGUCGGCAAUGAAGUUCAAAGACAUGGAACAAUCUGAGAGAACAGCAAUAAAAUCAUCCAAUAGUGACUUAGAGGCUGAUCACAAAACCAAACUUCUAGGUGCACCUGAAGACGAGCUGGUAAAGGAAGAGACAAGGUUUUGGAGAAAAGGAGUAGACUUCUUCCAUGAGAUAUUAGAGGAGCUUCGCGCACCACCUACAGUUGGUGCAAUUAUUGGUUUCAUAUUCGGUGCUGUUACAUGGCUCAGAAAUCUUAUCAUUGGUGAUGAUGCUCCUUUAAGAAUAGUCCAAGCUACAGCAAAACUUCUUGGCGAUGGGACUAUUCCUUGUAUGACAAUUAUAUUAGGAGGCAACCUCAUACAAGGUUUACGUUCUUCGGCAGUCAGACCAGUGGUUGUUCUUGGAAUAGUGUGUGUUCGGUACAUUAUUCUCCCAAUCAUCGGCAUAGGCGUUGUAAGAACAGCUGCGAGUUUCGGGUUUCUCCCAGCAGAUCCUCUGUUUCAAUAUGUUUUAAUGCUUCAAUUCACACUCCCGCCUGCCAUGAAUAUCGGUACCAUGACUCAGCUGUAUAAUGUUGGACAAGACGAGUGCUCAGUGCUCAUGCUUUGGACAUACUUGAUCGCGAUUCUUGCCCUCACUGUUUGGUCCACAAUAUUCCUUCACUUGUUAGUCUAAUGUCCUCUCUUGUCAAAGGGUGUUCUUACCAUUUGUUUAUUUGUCUAUCAAAUAAAAAAUUUGAUAGAGUUUUUUUGUUUGCAUAUCUACAAGUAUUUCAUUUUUUUCUCCUAUUGCAAACACAAAAGCUGUAUCAUGUAUUAAAUAUGUUUAAUGAAAAGGGCUGCUAUACUUCA